AUGGGAGCUUUUUGUUCACGUACAGAGUUUGAGUGGUCUAAUCAAGAAGAACCGCAUGCCAUAAGACGAAAAGAAAUUUUGCUCAAACAUCCUGAAAUAAAAAGGCUGAUGGGAUAUGACACCAGGAUAGCCUUCAUUAGUGUCAUGAUGGUACUCAUACAAAUUGCAUCGUGUUAUUACGUACAAACUUGCUCUUGGCCUACUCUGAUCUUAGCUGCUUAUGUAUGGGGUGGAACGAUCAACCAUUCGUUAUCGCUGGCUAUGCAUGAAAUUUCGCAUAAUUUAGCAUUCGGCCAUUCCAAACCACUAUGGAAUCGUAUCUUGGGUAUGAUUGUAAAUCUUCCAAUUGGUUUACCUGCAUCCAUCACUUUUAAGAAGUAUCAUUUAGAACAUCAUAAAUUUCAAGGUGAUGAGUUGAUUGAUACUGAUAUUCCGACAGAUUUAGAAGGUCGUAUGUUCUAUAAUACUGGCUUGAAGGUUAUUUGGGUUUUCCUACAGCCAUUAUUUUAUGCCUUCCGUCCUGUGCUUGUGCGUCCUAAAUCGGUUGAGCCACUUGAAGUCAUCAAUUUGAUAGUUCAAGCUAGUUUCGAUUUUGCUAUUUAUUACUUUAUUGGUGCCAAAGCAAUAUCCUACUUAGUGAUUGGGACUCUUUUAGCCUUGGGUAUGCAUCCAUUGGCUGGUCAUUUUAUCUCUGAACACUACAUGUUUAAUGUUGGAUAUGAAACGUAUUCUUACUAUGGUAGUUUGAACAUGCUAGCUUGGAAUGUUGGAUAUCACAACGAACAUCAUGACUUUCCCAAUAUUCCUGGUAGUCGAUUGCCGGAAGUGCGUAAAAUGGCUCCCGAAUUUUAUGAUGAUCUACCACAUCACAAUUCGUGGGUUAAAGUUAUCUAUGAUUUCAUUAUGGAUCCCACUAUUGGGCCUUACGCACGUAUUAAGAGGGAAAACAGGGACAAAAAAUUACAGAAAUUAACAGCAUCCAAGCAAGUCGACAGCGCUGACGUGAAAAAGCGAAAUUAA